AGGCCUGGAGAAAAAUGUGUUGUCCCUUUAACAGGGGUUUAAUGUGUGAAAAUGGGCAGCUGAAGAUUUUUAAGGCACAAAGGUAAAUAAUAUCACCUAGUUGGCUUUGUAAGGGGAUGUGCUUCACUACUAUGGGAAACAGUAUUUUGGACUACAUUGACCUUUGGUUGAAGGUUGCCAAAUUGCCUGGAAUCUAGGCAUACCAUCUGGAGCCUUUUUAGCCCACUAGCUGGACUGGCUGUGAUUGACAGUCUGCCCUAACUAAAAAAAAAAAAAGCGGCCUCUCUUAAAAAGAAGACUCCUCAAGCCCAACAACUCCCGCCUGAACAAGCCCGUUAACGCUCUUCACUCUUCCUCGCGCCGUUCUUUUACCGCGAGAUUUCCUGCGUGACGUUAGGACGUACGGGACGUCACCGAACUCCAUGUCCCGACACUCUGUGCAGGCGGAAGGAAGCGGCUGCUGGUGACUGUGCAAAGAUGAAUACCCGAGGAUUUGGAUCUCAGCUGAAAGAUAGCGUUCCAGUUCCAGAUUUUUCAUCUCGUGGUUCUUUUGAAAGCCAUGAUGUAUUACGAAAAGGCUUCACAAAUGCAAAGAGUGAACUUUUUCCUGCCCAUCCUUUGGAGCUAUCAGAGAAAAAUCUUUCGUUGAAUGAAGAUAAAAUGAAUUUUUCUACUCUGAGAAAUAUUCAAGGGCUACAUGCACCGCUGAAAUUACAAAUGGAGUUCAGAGCAGUGAAACAGGUCCAGCGACUUCCUUUCCUUCAUAGCUCUAACCUGUCACUGGAGAUCUUGAAAGGCAACUAUGACUGCAUUGGUUUUGAAGAUAUUCUGAAUGACCCAGCACAAAGUGAAGUAAUGGGAGAUCCUCAUAUGAUGAUGGAGCACAAAUUUGGUUUAUUAUAACAUCCACAUAUUCCAGACUUACUGUAUGUGGAAAUGUUUCUUUCCUGUGUCUCUGCAGUUUAAGUAAACUAUAUUAAAUGGCAGCCGUACAAUAUUUUGUUCAUAUACAUACCUACCUUGAUGAAAAGGCACAUUAAAUGCUUGAAGUAUGUUGACUUUUGUUCUGUGUUUACUGUCAAUAUAAAUGUCUUGUAAUUGGAUAUUUUAAAAUAUCAGGAAGUCAGUAUCUCUAUUCAGGGCUAUAGUUAGUUCAUGUCCAAAUUGUAGAAACCUGCACACUAAAAAGUAUAGAAACAGGACAUUUUUAAAAAUGAUUUUUAAAAUACUAGAUUGGACGUUCUUUUGCAACUUAUAACCCAGGUAUUUGCUGUUGAAUCUUUCUCUGUUCUUGAUGACUUGACAUCUUUUAAACAGUGAAUAAAAUUUUCUAUAAAUGUU